AUGAAAAAAGGCGCGAUACAAUUAGAUAAAGAAGUCAUUAGACCGAAACCAAUCAAGAAAUCGGUUUCAUUCAAACAAGAUUUCAAUGGUUCUUUUGCAAAUCAAACUAAACAUCAAAACUCAGAAAGUGCAAUAAUUGUUCCAAAGAUCAAAAAUCCUGUUAUUAUAAUACCAAUUCAGAAUUUACUAAUCAUAUGGGCUUUAUUUUAUUAUGGAAUUACGAGUGAUGUAGAAGGAAUCAUGGUUAAAUCGUUCUUCACAAUUUUACCAAUACAUGCAAUUUACAACUAUAUACUAGCUACAAAUAUCGUUAAGAAAUCUAAAAAUGAUAACAAUCCGUUACUUGUCAUGUCUAGUAUUUUAAUAAGCAUAUUGUUAUCUGUGCCAUUGUUCUUCGUCAUAAUAUUAAUGGGGGCCCCAGUGUACAAAUAUUCAUUCAAAACUUUCACCUUAUCAUUACAUUUAUCACAAUUGAUAUUCAAUCCUUUACUAAUUUUAUAUUCCUUAAACUUAAACCAAUUCAAAAAAUUGUUCGAAGAAGAUCAUGUUUAUUACACUAUAUUUAGCCAUCCUGUGCUUUCACAGGUUUUAAUGGCAUUGGCUGGAUGUUGGUUGGGGGUAAUUCCAAUACCAUUAGAUUGGGACAGACCAUGGCAGCAAUGGCCUAUAACUUUACUUAUUGGAGGUUACAUUGGAGGAUUAUUUGGGAAUCUAAUAUCGUUAGUAGUAGAUUUCAUUUAUAGAAAGAAUUGA